UCCAUCUACCCACCACAUGAAAUAUUUAAACAACAAAACAUGUUUACUUUAGUUUUGGUUCGUUAUUUGUUUGAAGGUUUUUCUUGUUCCUUUUACUUUUUAAGCUUUGUGUUUUUUUUAUAAAACUUUUUCCUGUACUGUAAGGACUUGGAGUCUUUAGAUUCAAGGAGCUCAACAUUUUUCUUUCACUUCUCUUUAAUUCUUAAGGUCUUUUUUUUUUUUUUGAGUUAAGUUGUGUUAAUUUAGCAGAGUUUGAGUUUUGGACAUAUUGUUUUCCUAGAUUUUUGCCUUGGUUUAUCUUUAGAUCUAGAAGUAUUUGUGGUAACUGAUUUCCAGAUGGGAUGGUUUUCUGUUACUUGAAAUCGUUGGUUGAAUAUUUUCUUAAAGCUAGAAUUCCUCUUGAAGAAGAAGCUGGUCUUGUAUCUGGGCCCUGGGGUUUUAUGCUUUCAACCAUUUAAAAGAACAAUUUUUUUGUUGCUAUAGAUGGCUGGUAAUAGAAGAAAGAGGCAUAAUUUCAGCAGCCAAAUUCAUGCAUUUACUUGUGGUAAAACAUCAUUUCAAGGUGAUCAUUCAUUGAUUGGAGGACCUGGAUUCUCAAGAGUAGUGUAUUGCAAUGACCCUGAUUGCUUUGAGUCCAGUGUCCUCAAUUACAGUGACAAUUAUGUUAGAACCACAAAGUAUACUCUUGCAACAUUUCUUCCAAGAUCAAUAUUUGAGCAAUUUAGGAGAGUUGCCAAUCUUUAUUUUCUUCUCUGUGCAAUACUUUCUUUCACACCUCUCUCUCCUUACUCUGCUGUGAGCAAUGUUCUUCCUCUUGUUGUUGUGAUUGGAGCUACUAUGGGGAAAGAGAUUCUUGAAGAUUGGCGACGCAAAAAGCAGGAUAUUGAGGUGAAUAACAGAAAGGUGAAAGUGCAUUUUGGUGAUGGGGUUUUUGAAUCUAGUAAAUGGAAGGAUCUGAAAGUUGGGGACAUUGUGAAGGUAGAAAAAGAUGAAUUUUUUCCUGCUGAUCUCAUCUUACUUUCCUCAAGUUAUGAGGAAGCAAUUUGCUAUGUUGAAACCACAAACCUGGAUGGAGAAACCAAUUUGAAACUGAAACAAGCACUUGAUGCUACUUCAAAUCUGAUUGAGGACUCAAGCUUCCAAAAUUUCAAAGCUAUCAUUAGGUGUGAAGAUCCCAAUGCAAGUUUGUACUCCUUUGUUGGCACUAUGGAUAUUGAAGAACAACAGUACCCUCUCAGCCCUCAGCAGCUUCUGCUUAGGGACUCGAAGCUGCGGAAUACUGAUUAUAUCUAUGGGGUAGUUAUCUUUACAGGUCAUGAUACAAAGGUUAUUCAAAAUUCAACACCGCCCCCUUCUAAGAGAAGCAAAAUUGAGAGAAGGAUGGAUAAGAUAAUUUACUUCUUGUUUGGCACCUUAGUUUUAAUGUCUAUUAUUGGAUCGAUAAUCUUUGGGAUUACAACUAGUGAGGAUAUAGAAGAUGGAAGGAUGAAGAGAUGGUAUCUUAGACCGGAUGACACUACUGUUUACUAUGACCCAAAGAGAGCAGCUGCUGCAGCAAUUCUGCAGUUUUGGACUGAUGUUUUGCUGUAUGGAUAUUUGAUUCCCAUUUCCUUGUAUGUGUCGAUAGAAAUUGUCAAAAUCCUUCAGAGCAGGUUUAUCAACCAAGAUAUUCACAUGUACUAUGAGGAAGCUGACAAGCCGGCACUGGCUCGUACCUCAAAUUUAAAUGAAGAACUUGGCCAAGUUGACACUAUACUUUCUGAUAAAACAGGGACUUUAACUUGCAACUCCAUGGAAUUUAUCAAGUGUUCAAUUGCUGGGACCUCCUAUGGCCGUGGAGUAACUGAAGUUGAGAGAGCAAUGGCCAGUAGAAAGGGGUCACCUUUACCACAAGAGGCGACUGAGGAAGAGGCUAAUGUUGUGGAGUCUGCUGAAGAAAAGGCAUCUGUUAAAGGUUAUAAUUUUGUGGAUGAAAGGAUCGUGAAUGGUAAUUGGGUUAAAGAGCCUCGGGCAGAUGUAAUCCAUAAAUUCUUGCGACUGCUGGCCAUCUGCCACACUGCACUACCUGAAAUUGAUGAAGAAACUGGAAGGAUUACAUAUGAAGCUGAAUCACCAGAUGAAGCAGCUUUUGUCAUUGCAGCAAGAGAACUUGGGUUUGAAUUCUACGAAAGGACUCAAACAAGCAUCUCACUUCAUGAGUUAGAUCCAGUUUCUUGCAGGAGUGUUGAAAGGUCUUACAAACUUUUGAAUGUCCUGGAGUUCAGUAGCUCUAGAAAGAGGAUGUCUGUGAUUGUAAGAAAUGAGGAGGGGACUUUGCUACUACUUUCCAAAGGUGCUGACAGUGUCAUGUUUGAAAGACUUGCGGAGAACGGAAGAGAGUUUGAAGAGCAGACCAAGGCACACAUCAAUGAGUAUGCUGAUGCCGGUUUGAGGACUUUAAUACUUGCCUAUCGUGAACUGGAUGAAGAAGAAUACAAUAGGUUUAAUGAGGAAUUUACUGUGGCCAAGAAUUCACUGAGUGCAGAUCGUGAGGAAAUGAUUGAGGAAGCGGCAGAAAAAAUUGAAAAGGAUUUGAUUCUCCUUGGUGCUACAGCUGUUGAAGACAAACUUCAAAAUGGGGUUCCUGAAUGCAUUGACAAACUUGCACAAGCAGGAAUUAAACUAUGGGUUUUGACUGGAGAUAAGAUGGAGACUGCAAUCAAUAUUGGCUUUGCCUGUAGUUUGCUUAGACAAGGAAUGCAACAAAUAGUAGUCAACUCAGACACACCAGAAACUAAAGCUCUUGAGAAAUCAGAAGAUAAAUCUGCUGUUGCUGCGGCAUUGAAGGAAAGCGUUAUCCGUCAAAUACUUGACGGAAGGACAUUGCUUAGAGCUUCAAAUGAAAGCUUGGAGGCAUUGGCACUGAUCAUUGAUGGGAAGUCACUCACUUAUGCUCUAGAAGAUGAUGUCAAGGACAUAUUUCUGGAGCUUGCCAUUGGCUGUGCUUCAGUAAUUUGCUGUCGUUCAUCUCCUAAACAGAAAGCACUUGUUACAAGGCUAGUCAAAGUUAAAACUGGUAGCACAACUUUAGCAAUUGGUGAUGGGGCAAAUGAUGUUGGAAUGCUUCAAGAAGCAGAUAUUGGAGUUGGUAUCAGUGGUGCAGAAGGAAUGCAGGCAGUCAUGUCAAGUGACAUUGCAAUUGCACAGUUCCGAUUCUUGGAGCGCUUGCUACUUGUGCAUGGACAUUGGUGUUAUAGGAGGAUUUCAUCAAUGAUAUGCUAUUUCUUCUACAAGAACAUUGCAUUUGGCUUCACUAUCUUCUUCUUUCAGAUGUAUGCAUCAUUUUCUGGCCAAACAGUAUACAAUGAUUGGUUCCUAUCACUUUAUAACGUCUUCUUCACAUCACUUCCUGUGAUUGCCCUGGGAGUUUUUGACCAAGAUGUCACUGCCCGUUUGUGUCUGAGGUUCCCUCUAUUAUACCAAGAAGGUAUACAAAAUGUCCUAUUUAGCUGGACUCGUAUACUUGGAUGGGCAUUCAAUGGGGUUUUAAGUGCUAUCAUCAUCUUCUUCUUUUGCAUCCGGGCAAUGGAGCAACAAGCCUUCCGUAAAGGUGGGGAAGUUGCCGGCUUGGAAAUCCUAGGUGCCACCAUGUAUACCUGUGUUGUAUGGGUGGUGAACUGCCAGAUGGCACUGUCAGUGAGUUAUUUUACAUUCAUACAACAUAUCUUCAUCUGGGGUGGCAUUAUAUUCUGGUAUCUAUUCCUAUUGGCAUAUGGAGCCAUGGAUCCAGACAUAUCAACAACUGCCUAUAAGGUCUUCAUUGAAGCCUGUGCCCCAGCACCUUUUUUCUGGCUCAUUACAAUCUUAGUUGUGAUCUCCUCCCUGCUUCCGUAUUUCGCUUACUCUUCAAUUCAAAUGAGGUUCUUCCCCUUCUAUCAUCAAAUGAUACAAUGGAUUAGGUUUGAUGGGCAAACAGAUGACCCUGAGUACGUUUAUAUGGUGCGACAAAGAUCAUUGCGACCAACAACAGUAGGUUUCACUGCUCGGUUUGAAGCAAGUUCAAGAAACUUGAAAGCAGACCUUGAAAAGAUGACUGAAGGACAAGCUUUGUAGAUUCUAUUAAGAAUAGUUGGUAUUUAGCUGCUAAGAAGACUUUCUUUCUUCUUGUACAUAUUUAAUGCAGACCUCAUCUUUCAACCGCGUUGCUCAACAAGAAAGAAUGUUUUGUAGAUGAUGCUCUCAAGUGAAACGAUGCCAGCCAUGUCUUACAAGUUUUUGCUUAAAAGAAUUUUGUUUUUCUGAGCUCCAAAACUAUAUUUUAGUUUAUCGUUUUGGAAGCAUUACAGUAAAAAAUUGUAUUGUUCAUGUAAUUUGUAAUUCUAAAAGCUUGAUUCAAUUUAUUUUGCCCUCAAAUGUACCUUGUAAAUCAACUUCUAAGUUAAGAAGUGUAACAUGAUGCAGCAUUCGGGAAAACUUCUUUCAUUGUUCUCAUUUUUUCUAUUUGGUAUUCCAAAGUUCUUGUUACAAAAUUGAGAGUUUUCCUUCAGUGAACUCCACCCUUAUUCAACA